GCAAAACAAAGUAGUUUUUUCAUUCUCUCUAACUAAUUGAAACAUUAACAAAUCCUUUUGAGAACUUUUUACUUUGGCGGCAAUGGAGAGUCUUUUCUCCGACCUCCACUACUGGCUAGUGGAUCACCCAUCCAUCAGCCAAUAUGAAUGGAAGCAUGGCCACACAUUUGGAUCGUCGCCGCUCUUUGUCGCUGUCACGGUCACCGUCUACCUCUCCACCGCUAUCUUCCUCCACCGCUCUGCCCUCCUCCCACCACUCUCCUCCUCCUGGCUCCGCCGCAUUUCUGUCGUGCACAACAUCACCCUCUGCCUCCUCUCCCUCGCGAUGGCCGUGGGUUGCUCCCUCGCCGUCCUCCACCAAAUGCCGAACCGCGACUGGUCGUGGGUGGUAUGCUUCCCGGCCAACCAGACCCCGCCACGUGGGCCUGCAUUUUUUUGGGCACACGUCGCGUACUUCUCUAAGAUUCUGGAAUUUGUAGACACCCUUUUGAUCCUGCUGAGUGGGUCGCGCGCCCGCCGCCUCACUUUCCUCCACCUCUACCACCACGCCGUGGUGGUCGUGACAUCAUACCUCGGGAUCAUGACGUCCCAGACUCUGCUUCCGGUGGGGGUGGUUGUGAACGCCACCGUGCACGUGGUGAUGUACGGCUACUACUUACUCUGCGCAUUGGGUUAUCGGCCGCGGUGGAAGAGGGUGGUGACGGAGUGUCAGAUCGUCCAGUUUGUGCUUGGGUUCAUGGUUUCCGGGUUGAUGCUGUUUUAUCAUUUUACCGGGUCGGGUUGCUCCGGGAUGUGGUCUUGGGUCUUCCAUGCUCUGUUCGGCGCUGUACUUCUGGCACAAUUCAUGGAGUUUCAUUUUACUAAUUACAGAUCCAAAGCGAGGAAAGAUUGAUCCGACCUUCAAAAUAAGCUAGCGGUCAUGAUUGGGUGACCAUUUUUCAAAGAAUGUCACUUUAUGUUUGGAUCUUGUCUUUUUAAUAUUCCUCACUUAAGUAAUUAAUUAAUUUAAUUGAAGACGUAUCGGCAAGAAAGUCAUGCAAAUUAGUUUAUGAUUUCUUUUCCUUCACCUACU